CAUUUGACGUUUACCAAUAGACGCCCCCGCUGCUCCGUCGCUCCUUUCAAAUUGACUUUGUCUUAUUUGUACAGCCUUACCGGCUCGUUGAUGCCAUCGCCGCUUCCUGUGUAGCUUGGCGCGCAUGGCUAGCCCUUUCACGCCUGAGAAGCUCGCGUGGCUGGAGCUGCACAAGAACGACAGUCGCGCCACUGCGAUAAAUUGGGCCUAUUCAGUACCCAUUCCAGUUUCAAUCAUCACUACUGCCUUGAGGUUAUGGGCCAAGAAGGCUGGAAGAAACGGCAUUACUCUAGAUGAUUAUCUGAUCAUCUUCGCGACAAUAUGCCUGGUGGGUGAGUGUUCUUCGGGGCUCGGAUAUGGACCUCCUCAUGGCAUGGGUCGCCAUGUAACCGCUGUGUCAGCGUACGACUUGAUGACGUUCCGCAAGGGAGACUAUGUCUUAAGUCACUUUUACGAUAUUGCUCUAGCUACUGUAAAAUUAGCCAUCCUAGCUUUCUACUAUAGAAUCUUUGUGCAACCCGUUUUCCGGCGUGUGGUCCUUGGGACGGCCGCUUUCGUGCUAUGUUGGGGUAUCGGCAUAACCGUCGCUUGGGCGGUCUUCUGCAUUCCGAUCAGGGCGUACUGGGAUGACAGAGUGAAGGGGAAAUGCUUAAACAUAGAUACCUUCACGUAUUUUACCAACAUCUCGAACCUAAUCACCGACAUCUGGGUCUUCUUGCUGCCGAUUCCAGUCAUCCUGCGGCUACAGCUUCCCCGGAACAAAAAGAUAGCACUCUGCUUCAUAUUCUCCAUCGGUCUUGCCACCUGCGUUGUCUCCUGCCUCAGAUUGCGAGUCGUUCUAAACCACGGCGACCCUGAUUUCACAUGGGCAGCUGUUCCCCUAGGUGCAUACAGCGUCUACGAACCGCUGGGUGGUAUUUUAUGCAACAAUCUCCCAAUCAUAUACCACAUGCUCCGCAAUAUACGAAAGGAUAAAGCCUCCUUCAAAACCGCGUCCACCGAACACUCCGGCUCCGAUCCUUUGCGCUUCACGGCGCCAUCCCUCUCCCUCAACGGACGCCCCGUACUUGGCGACGAAUCCCCAAACCGCUGGCUCCCGUUGCCGGCAUCAACGUCGCAAGAAGAGCUCACAACAGACGGGCUCGGGCUCUCGCGCGAAGGGAUAUCGCAGGCGAAACCGGCAACGUUCUGGAACAAGGUUGAGACGCAGGAGCGGGAGAAGUCUGUGGAUGAGGAGGGGGCGGUGGGUUCCCCACCACCGAAUACGAUCGUGGUGGAGCGGGAGUUUAAGACGGAGGUGCAAAUGAGACGGGAAAGUGGGGACGGGAAGGAUAGGUGGAAGAAGAACGUGUAUGAGAUGAAAAGGCGGUGAUGUGUCACCUGCUCUACAGGGAGUUCGCGCGGUUUUCGGGAACGUGUAUAUGACAGUGUAUUGGGCUACGAGCGAUUAUGGGUAUAUGGGGUUAGGAUAUUGCAAAAGGUUUGCGGCGUGCAGCGAAGUUGGCGU